GCUCUGGCCGCUACGGGCCGCUACGAGGGCGCUACGACGGUGCUACGAAGCUACGCCGCUACGAAAGCUACGAAAUGUGGUGCUUCCUACUUUUCUCGCUGUUCGUAACAGUACAUGGACGUGCGGUGAACAUCAGCAACACAUGGGUGCUGCCGGAGGAGGGGUUCCCGGUGUUCUACCGCUACUUCAGGGACCGCAUCUCUUGGUACGAGGCCGACGCCGUCUGCCAGUUCCACCACGCUAACUUGGUCACUGUGGACACCACCGCACAGUACGAUGCAGUUCGAGCAUACUUGAAGGAGUUGGACAUAUCGAGCGCUGUGUGGGUCGGCCUCAUUCGAAGCAACCCAGAUGGUGACUUCACUUGGACGGAUUACCGGGGGCUGAGUGGCGAUGGGUACUGGAGCUCCGCCCCGGACUCGCGGUCGGCGCCGCUGUGUGCCGCGGCGGACCCGGCCUCCGACUAUCGCUGGGAGGCCCGAGCGUGCGGCGGACCCUCAGUCGCCUCCUUCAUAUGUGAACUUCCUGUACCGCAGUGGGCGCUCGGUAAUGAAGGUUGUAUGGUACGAGAACUACCUGCAUUGACAAUACUAUAUUUGCCUGAAAGCGCAGCUGUUCAAUUAACUGCAGAUUGCGGCCUUGCUGGAGUGAAGCGCGUACAGUGUACAGGAAAUAAGAAACGAGAAGAUUUGCUUAAAGAACUAUCUUGCGGCGUUGAAGAUCAGGGCAUCACCACUUUGUACAGUAUUUCUAGUGCUACCCAAACUACGACAGACACGACACUCACAAGCCAAGAAUGGAGUAGUGAAUCUCAUUCUUAUGAUUUUGCUACGACAGAACAUGACGAAGAGUUCAACCAGACGAUAUCUAUUGAAUCCACGCCAGUAUUUCGAAAUUCUAUCAUUUAUACACCAAGUAAUGUUACAGAUAAACAUUCUAGAAACGAUGAAACCUCCGACAGUAUUUCAGUAAAGAAACCAAAAUAUAUUCCAGAAAUAUUAGACAACAACAAUCUUCAUAGCAAUGAGGUUCCCAAAGUAUUUGAUAAAAACGAUGACUUGCUAAAUAAUAUCAAAGAAAACACAAACAGUGAUAACGACGUAAAGCAUAAAAAAUUACAAGAAGAACUGGCCAGGUUGGGUAAUUUAGAUACAAUAUUCAGCCAAACCACUGACCAUUUUGUGCCUCCCUUAGUUAUGGCUAAAGCUAAACUCAACGAUGAUAUGAUUGCUUUAUCCGUGGAAGAAAAAAUCGCGCAACAAAUUGCCGAACAUCACUUUAAAAAGAAUUUCGAGGAUAAUAUUUCUCCUGAAACUGGAGAAGCUGAUUUAAAUGCAUCUAAACAAGUAGGAAACAAUUUCAAUCAAAGGCCUGCCUUUGAUGACCGACUAAUAAAAUCACCUUUAGUGGAGAAACUCAGUAUUGAAAGAAGUAAAAACUUACAGAAGCAUAUCAUACCUAAAAAGAAUAACAAAUACGAUGAUAGUAAAGGAGAUGUUCCAAAAAAAAUGAACAUGAAAAAUGUAAAAUAUUUUAAAUUGAUAACCUCUACUAGCAAUAGUACCGAUAAUAUUGAAGGACCUAGAACAACUUCACCAAACACAAACAAUGGAAACUAUACCUUGGAUGACACAUCUAUGGAACUUUCCAUUAUUUUAAAGGAACCAGAACAAAAUGUGAAAGAAAAUAUAAAAUCUGUCACUGAUAGUUUUAUCACUGAAAAUCAAACAACUAAAAAUACAUUAGGCAUGAAUGAUGAAGUAAUCAAAAUUGUUUUAUUUAGAAAUGGUAACGAAACAGAUGCUACUCCGACUGUACUAGAUGUAACCACAAGAAUACCAUCUAUGGAUAUUGAGAACCCUGAAAAUACUUAUUCCACCUUAUUCGAUAACAAAACUGAAAUUCACUUUAAUACAAGCAACAUAUUUUAUAAUUAUACUUCGUCCUAUUCCGAUAUUAAAGAUACUACUGCGCCAACGUCAACUGAUAGCUUAGUCACAAAGAUAUCGAACAUGGAUGCUACAACAACUACAAGUGCUACAGAGACUGCAAAUAUACAAAAUGAACAAAAAAACAAGAAUAACUUCAAUAAUUCUACUGCAAUAGAAAGUACUACUAGUCCAUCUGAACUUGAGUUAACAUACACAACAAUUGAUAUUAAACAUGACUCGUCAAACAAAACCGAACGGAAUGAAACACUGAAUAAUACGAUGGAAACUACACCGGAAUUCGAUGAUUUUCAAUCUCCUCUGCUAUCGGCUGCAAAUGAACCGUUACAUAAGCCUAGUCGAUCCAGACGACCGCAAACAUCGCAAAAUCGAGCAAACAAAUUCAAUCCAUUUCGUAUCCUAGGUUAAACGCUAAACAAUAGUAAUAACAUACCUUAAUGAUGAACCUCGACUGCCAGAGAAGGAAUUCUUUACAUCGUUCUUUACAAAAUACUUGUACGACUGAAGUUAUCAAAAUAACCUUUUUUAGAUUAAGGAAAAAAUCACAUUCACAAUUAGAUACAAUUGUGAUAGCACAGUGCACUUAGUUUUACUUGUAGUAUUAUGUUAUCAGUGUUCACUUACAAUAUAUUAUGGGGCAAUUAGUACCUACCUACUGAAGCAUCACAUCAUAAUUUUCAUUCUGUAUGUAAGUAGGAUCAUGUAGAGCGACACUUUGCGUUAGGUUUAGUCGAAAUUGAUAUUGAUAUAUUAUUAUAGUGUUCUCUCGAGUGUUGAGAAAGUUAUUAGUCAAUUGUACUGUAAACAGUAGUUAUUAUUUUGUAGUUAAAUAUUAUUUUUGUCUUUAUAAAGGCUUUCCGAGUAGGAUAGGCCAGUUUCAUAUAUUGCACAAAAUAUAUGAAACAAA